UACGAAGCGAUGAACGUUAAGUCCAUCAAGCAAGUCAUCUCCAGUUAGAUCAUUGUACAACCAGGACGAGAGAGAAGCAGCACACAGCGUCACAAACGUUGACAACACGCAGAUAGUAUUGUCAUCGACAGGUCUCAUCAACAGCCGCACACAGAAUGGCCUCGAUAGGUCUGUCAUUCAUUGUGAGGGCGGCGUCGCCUGCUGCAUGUUCUUCUCCUGGAACCUGGUCCCUAUCCGUUGCGAGAAGGCCAUGAACUUGGUCACGCACCGCUCGAUGCACCCCGUUUCGGCCUUCUCGAGGUCCUUCGCGCGGAAGUGUGUGAUGCACUCGUUGAAGCACCGCUCGACGAGGCCGUUGUAUGUGUUGAGGGAGUCCUGCAUCUGCAUGUCGUUGAGCUUGCCCAGCACCUGCUGCUUCUGCCCUUCAUUGAGGUGCUCCACAUCCAACAUGCUGAACAAUGAAGAGAAGAAGCAACCAAAGAAAGGGUUGUGAGAAGGUCCACUUGGACCAUUCCUCCGAAGCUUGCUUACUUCUGCAUCUUGAUCUCUAAGUCAGCUGACAGAUCUCGGCUUGUCAAGGCAGAUCUGGCCUGUAGAAGUCGAUUGACGCACUCGGGAUGAUAG